AUGAACGCGAUCGAGACUCGACCAGAACCCCGACCCCAACCGAGGAUGGCACACGAGGGCAGAGGGAGAGGACGAGGACGAGCACGGGGGCACAGUCGAGGUCGCGGUCGAGGAUCAGCCCACGCCUCUCGAUCCACAACGCAGAAUCCCCAGCAUGACUCCCACGAGCAGUCCUCCGAACGAUCACAGACGCCGUCGACGUUGCCAGAUACGCCGCAACAACUGCCCCAAUCAGAUAACCAACGUGAGAAUCCUACGAGCAGGGACUCGAGAGGGAAAAGGAGGGGUCACAGAGGUCACCGACGAGGAGGGGCAGAAGGCAACCGGGUGUCCGAAACGCAGACUACGACUAGGAAUGCUGCACAUGUCGGAGGACGGACGUUCAGGGGCCAGUUGACAAGGGAGGAAAAUAAUGCGAGUGAAGACGUGGACAGUGUUGUCACCGGUGAUCGCGAUCAGGUAGACCACGGCAAUGCGGAGCACCGGCUACGGGCAGAUGUGCCAGAGUUUGUCCCUGGGCAACCCUCUCAAGCUGAUGACGGCCAGAAGGCGGUCGCUGCUUCGAAACCCAACACCAAGCCUCGUGCUACGCGGCCUCCCAAAGUAACGACCAAGUCAACUGCCCCCGAUCUCGCCACCCGCAUACAUGAAGACAUCGCCAACGGCCUUUAUGAAUGCCCCAUCUGCACCAGCGAGCUCGGGCGCAGGUCCCGCGUGUGGUCGUGCCGGCUCUGCUGGACCGUCUUCCAUCUGAGCUGCAUCAAAAAGUGGUCGCAGAACGAGGGGUCCGUCUUCCAGGACCAGCAGCAGCGCCAGGGAGAUGACGACACCACGCCGCGGCAAUGGCGUUGUCCCGGUUGCAACCUGCCCCAGGAUGUUCGUCCAACGACGUAUACAUGCUGGUGCGAGAAGGAAGUCGACCCGCGACCGUUGCCUGGCCUGCCUCCCCAUUCUUGUGGCCAGACUUGCUCCCGGCCCCGCAAGGGAUGUCCGCAUCCCUGCGACCAGACCUGUCAUGCCGGGCCCUGUCCACCCUGCACGGCCAUGGGUCCUACUCAGGAUUGCUUCUGCGGGAAGAAUUCGUCGACCAAACGCUGCGUCGAAACUGACUACGAGAAUGGAUGGAGCUGCGGGGAGCACAUAUGUCCACGGCCCUGCCAUGAAGGACUCUGCGGCGCUUGCGAGGAGAAGGUCGAGGCAAAGUGCUACUGUGGGAGAGUGGAGACUGAGAUCCUGUGCAGUUCAACAGAGGAAGAAAUUAUCAGCCAGCGGCUACCUGCCGAUUCAUCAGAUGGACCAGAAACGUGGGUCGGUUCGUUCAGUUGCGGAGAGAUCUGCAACCGUCCGUUCGACUGCGGUGUCCACUUCUGCCAGAAGCGCUGCCAUCCGCAGGACGCCAAUCCUCCGCACUGCCCCCGAUCGCCGGACGUGGUGCUCCGUUGUCCAUGCGGGAAGACCCCAUUGUCCAAGAUCGAGGGCUUCUCCCCGAGAACCUCUUGCGAAGAUCCCAUUCCAAACUGUUCGGAGCCAUGUGGCAAGAUACUGCCGUGUGGGCAUCCAUGCCCCAUGGUCUGCCACACGGGCGCCUGCCGGCCAUGUCUGCGGACGGUUUCGAUCAAGUGCCGCUGUGGUCGCAGCUCGUUCAAUACGAUCUGCCAUCAGGGAAAGGAAGAGCCGCCUCAAUGCUUCCGCGUCUGCAAAGCUACGUUGAACUGUGGCCGACACGCCUGCAGCGAACGGUGUUGUCCCGGCGAGCGCAAGGCCAUUGAACGCCAGGCGAGCAAGCGAAAACCGCGGUCACUCAAUGCGGCGUCGAGUCGACCGACAGACGACGAUAUCGAGGCCGAGCACAUCUGCACCCGAGUCUGCGGUCGGAUGCUGAAAUGCGGCCGGCAUACGUGCCCGGAACUCUGCCACAAGGGGCCAUGUUCAACGUGUCGGGAGGCGAUCUUCGAAGAGGUCUCCUGUCACUGCGGACGAUCGGUUUUGUAUCCUCCUCUCCCAUGCGGCACGAAACCGCCUCCGUGUCGGUUUGAGUGCGAACGGCCCAAGGCCUGCGGCCACCCGCAGACCCCCCACAACUGCCACACGGACGACGAGAGUUGUCCCAAGUGCCCCUUCUUGACGGAGAAGAAAUGUCUCUGCGGGAAGAAGUGGCUCAAGAAUCAGCCAUGCUGGCUGACGGACGUGCGAUGCGGACUGGUCUGCGGAGAACCGCUGAAGUGUGGCUCCCACUCGUGCCAGAAGACCUGCCACCGGCCGGGAGACUGCGAGGAUGCCGCCGGGCCUUGCCAGCAACCCUGCGGCAAGACAAAGAAGCUCUGUGGCCAUCCGUGCACGGAGCCCUGCCAUGCGCCGUAUCCAUGCCCCGAGACGACCCCCUGCGAGACCAUGGUCACGGUGACAUGCGACUGCGGGCGGCUGCGACAGGAGAGACGCUGCAAUGCGGCGCGGGCAGUGACUUCGAAGGGCCAGGUGCAGCAAUCCGAGACGCUGCCAUCGUUCGCGCCGCUGAAGUGUGACGAGGAGUGCGCGCGUCUAGAGCGGAAUCGAUCGCUGGCGUCGGCGUUGAAGAUCGACAUCGAUCCGUCGACAACUGUGAGUCAGCGUGCGGGUCCGCACAAUAUCAGCGCGACCAACUUGCCCUAUUCGGCCGAGACGCUGGACAUGUACGUCCAGCUGUCUUCUUCGUCCACCCUGGCGACCUUGCAAGAUUACGAGGCCGCGCUGCACGGUCUCGCGACGAGUUCAACCCAACGUUCCGUGCGGUUCCAACCUGCGCGUGCUGCUCUGCGAGCAUUCGUCCACUCGCUCGCCGCAGACUGGGGGUUCGCGUCGGAGAGCUUCGAUCCGGAGCCGCAUCGCCAUGUGUUUGUGCUGAAGCCUACGUCGUGGACUCCGCCGAUGUUUGGGUUGGGGUCUGGCUCGUCGAUCGGCAUUGGAGGGAUGACCGUGGGCGAAUGUGUCCGGUUCCGAGAGCGCGAGCGAUUGAAGGAGCGGGAAGCGCAGCGUGCGGCCGCGGCGGAAGCCAAGGCGCAGCGCGAAGCAGCCAAGAUGGCAGCUGCUGCAAACGCAGGCGCAGGGGCCGAUGGAUGGGCGCAGGUGGCGUCUCGCAGGAAGAACCGGCCGGACACGAACGGCAGCAAUAGCAAUCCUGCAGGGCCGACUCCUCUUUUCGUGACGAGCGGCAGCGGCACGGUGACGUAUACCGCCCUCGCCAUGGACCAGAGUUCUCCCAGCACCAGCAGCAGCGGCAGCGUCAAUAAUGCGAAGAAAAAGGAUCUGCUCGUGCUGCGGUCGGGCGUCGGUGCUGGGAAGAAGAAUGCUUCUGCGGAUGUUGAGGAUAUUGCCGACAGCUGGGAGGAGGAGGUUGAGAAGGAGGAGGAAGAAGAGCGGCAGCGGACGAGUCGGGACGAGCAGGAGCAGGAGCAGAAACAAGAACAGGAACAGGAACAGGAACAGCGGCAGGAUGAGCAUCCAGAUGAAAAUGAGGAGGCCGCAACUGAAGCCGAAGUUAAACCUGAGGCCGAACCAGAACCAGCCCUCGAACCCGACUCAUGA